AUGUUUCACAAGAAGCAUUUUUGGCAACAAGCCGGUCAGGAUGGCCCUCAUCAUGACCCAAACCAUGCUGGCUUCUGCCUCCGCAACCUGGAGACUAGCCUUUACCAGGCAAUGCACCUGCACCGUGGAUAUUCCUCAUCCGAAGAGAGUGCGCCGCAGUCGAGACGCGUCCGCGUGGUAGAUCCAUUAGAGGAUGUGCAAUUUCGGAAGCUUCUCGGAUUAUCUGAUACCGUCCGUGCCGCCUUAUUCCAGGGAAGGACGCUCACACUGCUCGAUCUGGAAGAGUUGGCCUUUGUUCUGGACAUGAUGCUCGUGGACGAAAUCAAUGACAAGACGCCAUCAAAAGCUCCAGCAACGAUCCAAGCGAGUCAAAAGAUCACACUCUCCACCAUCCAGACUACCCGACUUGAUAAAUUGCUUGCCGACAUCAUUUACGUGUACGAGAUCGAAAGCUCUUCAGCCAGACCACCCAUCGCGGAGGUGGGACUAGGAUCCGAGAUUGUAAAGGUACAGAGCUUGCAGAAAUACUGGCGCGCCCGCUUCAAGUCGGAAUACUUCGCCCUGGACCAAUAUCGCCUUGAAGAGCUCUUUUCGAAUGCGCUUCGGGAAGUUUCGUUCUCUGCCAUAGCUUCCGACGGACUGGGCAUAUGGUCGCCGAAGGAGCCGAUCGCACACCAGCUCUCAGAAGCGGAGGUGACCUUGCACUACACCCCGGGAACGUGGUGGCUGAACAUUGGCUGCGCGCACCGAGACGGGAUUGUCGGCGCUGCCUUCGAAAGACCGACCAAGGGUCGGUAUGGCAUUGCAGCACUUCCCCUUUUGACAGGAAGUGAGGAGACAUUACCGGACGGUAAAAUAGAGUAUUGCCGCCUCGGAACACAACACGAUAUGCAUUACAGUCUGGUUUCACAGGUGGGACAGAAGAUGAAGGUCCUGAGAGGUUUCCGCUUGAAAAGCAUGUAUGCCCCUGCGGCUGGGCUCAGAUACGACGGUCUUUAUGUCCUCAAAAGCUGGAGCCUCAAGCUCGACCAAGCAUCGGACAUGUAUUCCAUGCGACUCAUUCUCGAACGCGUGCCAGGCCAGACACCGAUGGACGAGAUCCUCCACAUCCCGAGACCUUCCCAGCUCGACGACUGGGGCCUGUACGAGAAGUUGGAAAUAGAGCGAAUCAAGCAAACAGAAGGUGAUGCAGGACUGACGGAGUGGAUAAUCAGACGGGACGAAGAGAGAAUCGAACGCGGUCAUUGGCGCCGGAGUCGUGCGUUCAAGUCAGAGAUGAAACUGAACAGCCUCAGAGCCCCAGAGACCGGAGCCGGGGGAGUACGAGAGUUCUACAGGAGGAGGAUAUCUGAUAUUGAUACGGACCUUGUCCCGUAUUCAGAAGACCCUGAGGGUGAAGAAGAGGAGAAAGACUGA